ACAUGAGAUUCCAAGUGGACAAAAAUAAUAGCUGCACAUAUAUUUUAUGAUGACAACAGCAUUUAUUUAAUAAAUAAAUCAAGUAUCUUGGGGUCUUAUUCACGAGUGAGGGAAGAAUGGAGCGGGAGAUCGACAGACGGAUCGGCGCAGCGUGUGCAGUGAUGCGGACUUUGCAUCGGUCCGUUGUGGUAAAGAGGGAGCUAAGUCGAAAGGCCAAGCUCUCAAUUUACCAGUCGAUCUACGUUCCUGCCCUCACCUAUGGGCACGAGCUGUGGGUCGUGACCGAAAGAACAAGAUACCGGACACAAGCGGCCAAAAUGAGUUUCCUCCGCAGAGUGUCCGGGCUCUCCCUUAGGGAUAGGAUGAGAAGCUCGGUCAUCCAGGAGGGGCUCAGUGUCGAGCCGCUGCUCCUCCGCAUUGACAGGAGCCAGAUGAGGUGGCUGGGGCAUCUGAUCUGAAAACCUCCCGGACGCCUCCCUGGAGAGGUGUUCCGGGCAUGUCCUAUCGAUAAGAGACCCAGAGGACGACCCAGGAUACGCUGGAGAGACUAUGUCUCUCAGCUGGCUUAGGAAUGCCUUGGGAUCCCUCCGGAAAAGCUGGAACAAGUGGCUGAGGAAAGGGAAGUCUGGGUAUCCCUCCUGAAGCUACUUCCCCCGUGACCCGACCUGGAGAAGCGGUAGAAGUUGGAUAGAUGGAUAAUAAAUUUGUUGAAGCAGCAACACCAGCUAUCCAGUUUAGCUUGAUUUGAUGAUGCACACUUUGAAUAAGCUGCCAAUGGGCAGGAGGCCAAUUAUAGGGCACACAGAAACAAACAGUCGCACUCACAAUCACACCCAGGGGCAAUUUAGAGUGUCCAAUUGAUGGUGCAUGUUUUGGGGAUGUGGGAGAAAACCGGAGUGCCCGGAGAAAAGCCACGCAGGCACGGGGAGAACAUGCAAACUCCACACAGGCGAGGCCGGGAUCAAACCCGGGACCUCAGAACUGUGAGGCCAGCGCUUUCCAGCUGCUCCACGUGCCACCCAAUGACGCAGAAUGAAAACUGGACUGCGCACUCUGCGUCCAUCAUUGGCUCCGCCAUGGUCAACAGGCUCUGACUUCUGGUCAGGGCAUAAAAUAUGGUAAACAUAUACACAUUGUUAGGGUAAAUGAUACGAUAAAUAUAUAAUAAUUAAUUAUGAAGGUUAAGCUGAAACACACCGGUGAAAAUUUACGUGACCACCUGCACAGUUUUGACAACCCACAGCGCAACAAAAAACCUAAACCUAACAUAUUCCAAUUAAAUUCAAUGUUAUUAUAUGUUUCACAAUGUACAAUUGCAAGGAUGUCAAAGGAUGUCAACUUUCACGUGAAAUCAUAUCCAAAGCAAUCUUUUGCCCUGACCGGGAGUUGACCACAUGAAAGGGGCCUGUGCGCAGUCCAGUUUUUAUUCUACAUCAUUGGUGCCGCCUAUGUAGUUAAUAUUGUAAACAUAUUUCCUGUGUUUGUCUGCUCUAUUUAAAAAAUGAGGAAUGCAGCAUCUCAACUGCAAGGGAUGGAAAUAAUAAUAAUAACUUGAUAAAAAAAAAUGGGCAUCUGGACAUUUUCAAUCCAAAUUACAAAUACAAAAUCAAAAAGCACAGGUAAAAAAAAAGAUUGUGUUACCAUUGAACUAUUAAAAUGUAUCUCCCCAACACAGUGAGGUUUCUCUAGUUGUGACUUUUAUGACCUUUCUCACAAGCCACCUAUGGAUAAUUCCGUUUGCAAUCAACCUAAAACUUAAAAUUUUUGGAUUAUGCGAGGAAGUUGAGUGUUCCCAGAGAAAAGCAAACUCCAAACAGGGAAAUCUGAGGAAGGCCUGUGAGACAGACGUGCUCACCACUUUUUAUCCUGCGCUGUGACAAAAAUGUUUGCUUAUACCCACCUUGUUUAUUUACAAAAUGUACAAACAGUAGUUUGCAACAAAUGUGAUGGUGCCACACAGCUAAUCACACGCCGUCAACACCCAAAGUUGUCAUCUCUUGAAAGAUUGUACAUUUUUAACACAUUUGUAAAUUUUCAGGAGGGUUAAUCACAGUAAUUUGAAAUAAAAUGACUUUGAUGCCCACAAGUCUCGAUUAUGCUCUUGAUAAGUCCCCUGUUACUUGAUGCAUGAAGUAGUGAAGGCCACUGCAGCCUUGACCACCUAUGGCCAAUUGCAGGGCACAUAGAGACAAACAGCCACACUCGCAAUCACACCUAGGGACAAUUUAGAAUGUCCAGUUAAUGUUGCAUGUCUUGGGGAUGUGGGAGGAAAGUGGAGUGCCCAGAGAAAACCCAGACAGGCACGGGGAGAACAUGCAAAUUCCACAGAGGCAGGUCCGGGAUUGAACCUGGGACCACAGAACUGUGAGGCCAACGCUUUCCGGCUGAAAGGCCUUUAUUGUGUCGGCUUGUCCCGUCAAGGGUCGCCACAGCCUGUCAUCUUUUUCCAUCUAAGCCUUUCUCGUGCAUCCUCCUCUCGAGCACACACUGUGUUUACUGUAUUGCUUCACUGUUGUGUUUGGCACUUCAGGGCCGCCGUAGGUUCUGAAUGAGCUGAUGACACGCCCACCCGCUUCGACACUGCCGCGACUACGGAGGCCUGGUUUGCAAGUGAUCACGUGAUUUCCCGCAUGUUUGAACUAAGUGCCGAAACAUUGCGUCGCCACUCCUCCGCUUCACUCGAGCAGGGAAGCUCACGUGUGACGUUCCGAACUGUCAUCUUUUUCCCCAAAGAGAGUGAUACGUCUUCGCCAAGGUGUCUCACUGCCAGUCACCGCUUGUCUGUCUGCUAUCCGUACGAACGUCACGCCUCCUGGCUUCACCCCAGCAGCAGGGUCGGCGAGCUCUUCGGUGCUGCGCCAGCCUCGUUCAAGACGCCGUCUAUCGGACCCAAAGCUCGUCCGUCGGGCCUCCGCUUGCCUUGACCCAGUGAAGCGCUACUAGCAGGGGGCUAGCCGGCAAGGCGUUAGCAUGGCGGAUGGAAAAGCCAACCUAGUGGCCAAGGGUGGGACGACGACGCGGGGACACGGAGAAAGCAAGGUCCAGUUGAAGUACUUAAGUUUAGCUGUGCUGGUGGUCCAGAAUGCGUCCCUCAUCCUCAGCAUCCAGUAUGUACGCACAUUGCCAGGUGAGCGCUUCCUGGCCACAUCGGCUGUAGUCAUGGCGGAGAUCCUCAAGGUCCUGGCAUGUCUCCUCAUCAUCCUGCUGCAAAAGAGAUGCAACGUGAAGGAGACGGUGUUGUUCCUGGUGGACGCCAUCUUGUUUCAGUACAAGGACACGCUGAAGCUGGCCCUUCCGUCGCUCAUCUACACCCUGCAGAACAACCUGCAGUACAUUGCAAUCUCCAACCUGCCUGCCGCCACCUUCCAGGUGACGUACCAGCUAAAGAUCCUGACCACUGCGCUCUUCAGUGUACUGAUGCUGAGGAAGACUCUGUCUAAAGUGCAGUGGUUUUCACUACUGCUGCUCUUUGUCGGUGUCUCAAUCGUACAGGUGCAGCAUGGAGGCAACAAGAACGCCGUGAAAGCCAAUCAGAACUACAUGGCAGGCCUGGCGGCUGUGAUAAUCAGCUGCCUGUCGUCGGGAUUUGCCGGUGUCUACUUUGAGAAAAUCCUCAAGACGAACUCCACCUCUGUGUGGUUGCGCAACGUGCAACUAGGAAUCUUCGGCACGACGCUGGGCAUGUUGGCGUUGUGGUGGAACGACGGUGCUGCUGUGGCCCAGCACGGUUUCUUCAUGGGCUACACAUCUAUGGUGUGGUGUGUCAUUCUCAACCAGGCUUUCGGCGGCCUCCUGGUGGCCGUGGUGGUCAAGUACGCUGACAACAUUCUGAAAGGCUUCGCCACUUCCUUCUCCAUCAUCAUCUCCACCAUCAUGUCCAUCUACCUGUUCGCUUUCCGUGUGGACCCUCUGUUUGUGGCCGGCGCCGGGCUGGUCAUCAGCGCCGUCUACAUGUACAGCCUCCCUAAAUCGCCAUCCAACCUCAAUUCGUCUUUCUCUGCAUUGAGAACUGAUGACAGCACCUCCAAGAAGAGAAGAACGUACUCAUCUGACGCGUACCACCAAGGCACAACAAAGGUGCGACAGAAAGCAGAAAGGCUCUUAAGAAGCCCGCAGGUGAAGUUGGAUUGACAGACUGCGACCUUGGCGGUGUGUGCUUCAAAGAUCACACUCAAUCCAGAUGACCUCCAGACCAGUUUAAUCAAGAAAUCAAUGAAACAGAAUGUGGCUCUCGAAAAACAAUGGUCCAAUGAAAUUCCAGAACUAAUGAGAAAAAGUGAUUGGCAACUGUCAGUUCAGAGAGGAAAAACCAUUUCUAAGGCUUUAGGAUUCCAGUAAACCACAAGGAGAUCCAUUAUCCUCAGAUGGAGAAAAAAAAAAACAGAACAGUGAUGAACCUUCCCAGGAGUGAUCAGACUACCAAGUUUACCCCAAACAAACAGCAAGGACUCAUCCAGGAAGCCAUAAAAGUUAAGUUUUUGGGGGAGGUGUGCAUUCACAUCACAUGUAACAUCUGGUGUAAAUGUAGCAAAGUAUUUCAGGAAACGAAUAUUUUAUCAACAGUCGAACGUGGUGAUGGUAGUGUGAUGGUCUUGGGCUGGUUUUCUCCUUCGGGACCUGGGCAAGUUGCUAUGACCAUGAAUUCUGCUGUUUAAGAAAAAAUCCUGACGGAAAAUAUUGAGAUAUCAGUUUUUGACCUCAAGAUGGAGCACAGAUGAGUUCUGCAGCAGGAUAACGAUCAACAACACACCGUUAAACCCACUUCUGAAUGGCUUUAAAAAACUGUUUUGGGGUCACCUUGUCAAAAUCCAGACUGGAAUCUGGUUGAAAUGCAGUGGCAUGAGCUCUGAAAGCCCACUCAUGCUCGAAAGCCCUCAUAUUCUGCAAGGACGAUUGGGUCAGAAUAUCUCCACACAGAUUGGCAGUCCUAGUUAGGGACAAGGAAAUGAAGGCUAUCUUUUCAUCUGUUUGUAUUUACACAUAAAUAUUUGCAAUGUACAGUCUUUUUUCAUGCAAAACAAUUGACAUAUUCCAAGUACAUUUAUUCACACUGCAAUAUUUAAUAUUGUCCAUGAAGCAUUGUUUAUUUAUUCAUUGUACCUUAUCUAGCUAAGAUACUUACAGAGAUGACCUGGCUGCAGACAUCAGAUUAAAACAAAGCAAAAUAGAAGCAAAUACAGAUUUAAAAAAAAAAAAAAAAACGUACAAUGGGAUUGAGUAACAAGUUGAAUUACAUGAUAUCAUAGCAAAAGGUGGAUAAAAUGUAUAAAAAGCAGGUGAACGUGUUGUAUAGGUGGAGAGCUUUAAUUAAAAAUGGUAAUUGCUUGAAUGCCAAGACAUAAAAAAAAAAUGUCUUUUUGAAUAAAUGUACAAGCCUGGAAAUGACUAGAUGUUACUUAGUUUUCAGGCUUAUGUCCUGCUCAUUUUCUAGCCAAUAAAUCAUAUUCACAGUGCUGUGAAAAAGUUUUGGCCUCCUCCUCAAAUUCUUAUAUUGUUGACCCAUUGUAAUGUUUAAGAUCAUGUAACUGAUAUUAAUAUCAGACAAAUAUAACCCCAGUGAACUCAAAAUACCAUUUUUAAAUCAACUGAAAUACAUAAGUGUUUUCUACAACUGGCAAUGUCCUUCACAUCUCUUUGGCAAAAUCUCAGCUCGCUCAUCUUUGCAGUUAUUUGAAUUCAUCAAAAAUUAAUGCUUUUCAAGUGUGAAUGGCCUUUUUAAGGUCAUGUGACUGCAUUUCAAUCAGUUUGAAGUCAGGAUUUUGACAUAACACCUCCAAAACCAUUUAGUUGAUUUUUGUAAAACAUUGACAAGUAAACCUGCUUGUGUGUUUUGUUCAUUUUCCUGCUGCAGAACCCAAGUGCGCUUCAGCACAAGGUGACAAACUGACUGCUGAACAUUCUACAUCAAGUUAUUUUUUUUUUUGUUAAAGAGCCAAAUUUGUGGUUCCAUCAAUCACAACGAGUUGUCCAGGUCCUGAAGUAGAAAAGCAGCCCGAGAACAUCACAAUACCUCCACCAUAGUUGACUGCUGGCAGGAUGUUCUUUUUUCAAAAAUGCCGUACUACAUUUAUACUAGAUGUAACGAGCCAAACGCCUUCCAAAAAGCUCCACUAGCAUCUCAUCAGUCCAUACAAUAUCCUCCCAAAAGUCUUGGCCAUCUGAAGUAGUUUUCACUUUUGAACUCUGGCAUGGAUGCCAUUUUGCCCAGUCUCUUCCAGAUUCUUGUAUCAUAAAAGUUGACCUUGAUUGAGGCACGGGAGCCCUGCAGUUCUUUAGAAGUUGUCCCGAGUUCAUUUGUGGCCUCCUGGAUGAAUCAUUGCUGUUUUCGUAGGGUAAUGUUUGUAGGUCAGCCACUCCUGGGUAAGCAAGUGUUCCAGGGUAACCCCAUGUAAAGAUAGUGUCCCUCCCUAUGACUUGCUGGAAUCCGAAAGCUUUAGAAAUGGCUGUCGUAACCCUUUCCAGACAGAUUUCAAUGAUUUUAUUUCUCUCAUUUUGUUGCAGCUUUUU